GUCUUGCUGGCCGCUUUGCUAGCUUAUUAACGCAGACGCGAUGGGUGGUGCAAGCGUGCAAAGGAGAAAGCUCCGUGUGGUGGUUGACAGAGGAGCGAGGUCAACAAUCUCAGGGUCAGCAGUCUAAUCUCAGGGUCAGCAGUCUAAUCUCAGGAUCAGCAGUCUAAUCUCAGGAUCAGCAGUCUAGUCUCAAAAAGGUAAGAACGACAUGAUGCGUUGCAGUUGAUUUCGACCUCACGUUCACGCGCUUGCCCAACUAGGGGUAGGUAUAAACCUGUGCAGGUAAUUGCCACACGCGAACAGGUGGUCAAUCAGCAGCGCUCCAUUUGACUCUGUGGGUGCAGGGUGUUAUUCCCGCAAGACUAGGUACACAUGGUAAGAGUGCAAGGCAUGCAGCAGGUGGCAACGACAGAUGGCAACAACGGAUGGCAACAACGGAUGGCAACAGCAGGUGGCAACAACGGAUGGCAACAACAAAUGGCAACAACAAAUGGCAACAGAUGGCAACAACAAAUGGCAACAAUAGAUGGCGACGACAAGAGGCGCUGAAUAAGGACCGAAUUCGAC